UCCUGCAGUGGUUUGUUUUACUCUAGUAUCGGCCUCGGUAGAAAAUGAUGGCGUCAUCGGUCCGAGUGGAGCGUCCGCUCUGCGGCACAGACCGACCACCAACUACCGACUACGUAACACGCCUAUUUAAUGUAUCAUUGGUGCCUGUCGAUGCAGCUGGAACCUAAGUUCUGACACCCUCUUGGCAGAUAAGCCAUCGCUUGGAUCAUCAAGCCUUGCCUAUUUGCCGGUGGGACGCCGUGACCCUGUCGACACGCACACCGUGGACCAUGUUCUUCCUCACCUACCUCUACUACAAGCUCCUCGCCGUCUUCUUCAGGCGAUACUUUGCCCGCAAAAUCCCCAACGCCAGCCCAGAUGAAGUCCUGCAAAUAAAGUCGCGCGACGCCGGGCGAACGAUCAAAGUCCACCUGUAUCGCAACACAUCGUCUCCCACCUCCAAACCUACACCGGUGCUGGUGAACUUCCAUGGCAGCGGCUUCAUCUUCCCGCUCCACGGCGCGGACGACCCCUUCUGUCGGCAGAUGAGUCGAGAGACCGACCGGACCGUUCUCGAUGUCCAGUACCGCCUCGCGCCCGAGCACCCCUUCCCCGCGGCGCUGAAUGACGCGGAGGAUGUGGUGCGGUGGGUGCUCAGCCAACCGGACAGAUUCGACCUCAGCCGCGUCUCCCUUUCCGGGUUCAGUGCCGGCGGGAACUUCGCGCUGGCGGCGUCGGCGAAUCUCUUCCCCCCGGAGACCUUCCACUCCGUGAUCGCGGUCUACCCGGUCGUGGACAUCCAUACAGACCCCAGCCUGAAGGUGCCGCCCGAUACGUCCGGGAAAGCGAUUCCGCUCUUCAUGUCGAAGUUCUUCGACGCAUGUUACACGCACGGGGCGUUUGAUACCAGGGAUCCCCGGUUCUCACCGCUCUAUGCGAGCCCGGACCGCUUCCCUGACCGCGUGAUGAUCGUGACGGCGGCGUGUGAUAGCCUGGCGGUUGAGGCGGAGACCCUCGCCCAGAAAAUCGCCAAGGAGCCCGGCAAAGAGCGCGAGGUGGUGCAAGUACGUAUGCAAGCUUGCGCGCACGGCUUUGAUAAGCGGGCGUUGCCGGGCUCCGUCCAGUGGGAUGCUAGAGAGAAGACAUACGCAAUGGCUGGGGCGAUGCUAUCGCGUUAGGGAAAGGAGGGAGAGAGAGUAGCUAGCUAUAUCGGAGAAUCACAGUCCGCGUAGCAAUUUGUUUGAGAUAAAUUCUGGAAAAACAAAAGUAAUCUCAUAACCCAAUAUUAUUAAUGGUGUGAUAACCCGGUCAUGCAGGUCAGAAUGCGGGAACAACUGAUGCGGUGAACUCCUGGAAUGAUGGUUGAGCCAGACUAAGACAUCGUGCCAUCCCCUCCUGCCUAGAAAAACACUAAGCGGAGCUCAAGAAGCUCUCUAGAAGCCGUUAACCUGGGACGAUCAUGACACUAUUUUUCUCCCCCUGCUAGAGUCUAGUACUGUCCUGGAUAGUGUUCCCCAAUGUCCAUGACAGCGAGAUUAAGAGAUCUGGAGCAGUGGAACCUGGAUGGUCAGGUGGUGUGCAGAAGAGGGGAAUCUGAAGCGGCGGGUGCCUGACGGUGGACUCC